AUGUCAUUUUUGUUCGUUACUUCAACAAAAAUCGAUAUUUGGAAAAAUUCAGCUGCAUUACAGGCGAAAAAGUUGCUGUCGAUUAAGUUUGAAAAUUUCGCAAAAUUCUUCGUUUUUUCCACUCUUGAUUCGCCAGUAUCGAGUUCGGACAAGUUCAUACCUCGGAUACAACGACGGUGGUGGACGUUUUUAGAUUGACGGUAGCUCAGCAGACUCCAGUUUCGGCGUGUGAAAAGUGGCGCUCGAUAACGGUAUCAAAACGCAGUCCCGAGUGCAUCCGAGUCCUGGUAGUGCUCGCACCUUGGUGUGGGCACUACCCUUAACGGCGUCAUGCAACAUGGUGACCGAGGAGAACGACGAUCAUCCGCACACCGAGGAAGAGAAAACCCCGACUCAGGAGAAGGACAGCAAUCUGCUGGUACGGUCGGACAGCACGGAAAUCCUGAUCCAAAGUAGCAUGGACGACAUCUUCGACGUUAUCAAGGCCGGGGAGCUAUCGGAGGUGGAGAAUCUGGUGGAGAAGGUUGGGCCGGAAGCCCUGAGUGCCCGAGACAAGCAUGGCUACACUCCGGCUCAUUGGGCUGCCCUCGAUGGGAACGUGGAAAUGAUGCGAUAUUUGGUGGAACGGAAUGCUCCGGUCGAUUUGCCCUGUUUGGGAACGCAAGGCCCUCGCCCUAUUCAUUGGGCUUGUCGCAAGGGUCAUGCAGCUGUAGUGCAGGUGCUUCUUCAGGCAAGCGUCGCAGUGAAUGCUGCCGAUUUCAAGGGUUUAACACCACUGAUGACGGCCUGCAUGUAUGGACGUACUGCUACAGCUGCCUAUUUGCUAGGUAUGGGGGCUCAGAACCACCUUACCGAUAUCAAUGGCGAUACAGCUUUGCACUGGGCCGCGUACAAAGGUCACGCAGAUUUGAUCCGUCUGCUGAUGUACUCCGGAGUCGAUCUGCAGAAGACAGAUAAUUUUGGAUCUACUCCACUGCAUCUGGCGUGUUUAUCGGGAAAUCUACAGUGCGUCAAAAUACUUUGUGAAAAGCGAAAUUUGGAACUGGAGCCCAGAGAUAAGAAUGGCAAAACUCCCCUGAUGCUGGCUCAGAGCCACCGCAAUAAUGAUGUGGUCAAAUUACUGCAUAAUGAGAUCAAGAAAAGGUCCCGAUGGAUGCCACCUAUUUCGGAGAUCUGGAGUCUUCUUUUCGGGGGUGCUGGAGCCUCUAAAGGACCAUUGAUCUUAUUCUUGUUUUCAGUAUUGCUUUGGGGGUACCCAAUGUACAUGAUAAGGUGCAUUCCGAUAACCUGGAACACCUUAAGGCGCUCGCAUUACUGUUUCAUCUAUUGGAAUGCUGUAAUGUGGAUCAGUUGGAUUAUUGCCAAUCGUCGGGACCCUGGCUACAUACCCUUGAAUUCGGAUACCUACUAUGAAGCCAUCAAACAGAUACCGUACUUCGAUAAGUGGAAGAAACGAAAUGUCAUCUUGUCGCGGCUCUGCCACAGCUGUCGUUGUCUGCGGCCGUUGAGGGCAAAGCAUUGCCGUAUUUGUAACCGCUGUGUGUCGUACUUCGACCAUCACUGUCCCUUCAUCUACAACUGUGUGGGAUUGCGUAACCGCAUGUGGUUCCUGUUGUUUGUACUCAGUAUUGCGAUUAACUGUUCCUUUACGAUCUACUUUGCCUGCUACUGCGUGAUGAUCGAGGGAUUCAGUUUGCUGUACGUGCUCGGUUUGGUGGAGGCAUUCGUGUUCUGCGGCUUGGGUUGGAUUCUAACCUGCACUUCGAUUCUUCACGCUUGCAUGAACCUUACCACCAACGAGAUGUUCAACUACAAACGUUACCCGUACCUGCGGGACAAGCGCGGCCGUUACCAGAACCCUUUCUCACGCGGUCCGGUGCUGAAUCUCUUCGAGUUCUUCGUGUGUCUGCCGGACCGCCAGGACGAACAGGACUUCAUGUUGGACGAUAAUCUUUGAAAGUUACCGAACGGUGCCGAAAGUGGGAAACGGAAGCGACUAACGAGCAGCUAAGAGAGCCACCAGCAGCCUUUCCCGAGGCCCUAGGGUCGGCGCUUGACAACGCUUGGUAUAUUCCGGUGGAGAUAAAUCAUCUAUUUAAGCCGACGAGAUACAUAUAUUACAAAGGCAGCGCAGCAGAAGCUUAUAAGGCACCCUUCCAUCAUCUUACAGUUUUCAGAAUGCGAGAAAAUUUUCAUAAUGUUCUUUUCUGUUCCAAAGCAGUGAAAUAUUAUUAUGUAUUUUGAUAUAUUUAUCUUUAUUUUUAGGUUAUUUUGGCAUAGAAAAUCAAAUGAUUCAUAAACUUUUCACUAAUCUGUUAGAUACGUUCAAUGUUUGUUUGUAUGUACGAUAAUGCAAAUAAGAUAAACCUACGUAUAUGUAGCUCUCUAGACACAAUUUUUAUAUAUUUAUGAAUUCUUCCCUCAACACUGGAUCAGAAUUUUAUGGUUGAUUUGAAAUAAUUCCAUUUGAAUGAGAAUACGUUUUUAUAGCUAAGAGUGAUAUAUUUUGUGUGAAGUUAAGUUUGACUAUACUAAUAAAAUAGACAUAUGUGUUACACCUAAUUGUAAUACAAUAAAAUCAUAUAGCGAUCUCUGCAUUUCUACAGUGAAUGCGAAUACUCAUAUAUUACUAAGAACGAUGUCAUAAAGAAGGAAUAAAAUGUCCAUUUAAUUGUAAAUAUAUGCGUGUGCGUGAUUACCGUAGAUUGCACUUACAAAAAAAAAACCUUACACUUUUACUGUAGAACCCUUUCACGAAUUCAUAUGACAGUUUUGUCAGAAAGUCAGAAUAAUAGAGGAGCAACAUAAAAUUUUUCGUUGUAAGUUUUCUAACAUAAAAUUUAGUCUUUUUAGCAGCUUACGCUUGGAAUAAAACUUUUUGGAAGAUUUAAAAUAGAAU